CUUCAGUGUAGUCCAUAAACUGGUAUUCGAUGUAUUAAAAUAAAAAAUCAAUACAGCGCUGUGCGUUUAUUUUGUUCCUUAAUACAUUGAUUCCAAGCGUUAAAAUUCUUUAAACUGCUAUUCGAUACUCCUGGAGAAAGAGGAAGCGCAUUGCUUGCGACUUCCUGCUAGACUUCAAGUGUACAUUUCAAACGGUGUGCUGGGUUGCGGUUAUCAUGUCGACACUGAAGAGAGUUGUAUGGCCUCAGAUUAUUCUCUUCGGCGACUCAAUAACACAAUUUUCUUUUCAGGUGAAUGGAUGGGGCUCUGAUAUUGCUCAUAAACUCGCCAGAAAAUGCGACGUGGUGAACAGGGGCUUAUCAGGGUAUAACACAAGAUGGGCUAAAAUAGUGCUCCCUCGCAUCGUGCCCGCCUCUGAUGUCCCAAUAGCAGCCGUGACGGUCUUCUUUGGUGCCAAUGAUUGUGCAUUAGAAGACAAAAACCCACAACAGCACGUGCCCUGCCAAGAGUACUCAGACAAUUUAAAAGACAUUGUCAGCCAACUGGUGUCUGCAGGAGUAUCCAAAGAUAAAAUCAUCUUCAUCACACCACCUCCACUUCAAGAAGACGCCUGGGAGAAAGAGUGCUUGGUCAAAGGUUCAACUUUGAAUCGGUUGAACUCUGCGGCUGGUCAGUAUGCACAGGCCUGCGUUCAGACUGCAGGAAAGUGUGCCGUCGAUGUUCUGGAUCUCUGGACACUCAUGCAAAAAGAUGGACAGGAUUUCUCAGUGUACCUUUUGGAUGGAUUGCAUCUCUCUGAGAAAGGCAACCAGUUUGUGGCGGAGCAUUUAUGGACACUUCUUGAAAGUCGGGUGGCAGCGUUGCCUUUUAUUUUGCCCUACUGGGGGGAUGUGGACCCGAAAAGCCCAGAGAGCUGUCUACUGUGUGAUUAAACUCAAGAACAGUUUGUUUCUUGUAGUUUAAAUUUGUUUGUGUUUUGAAGUACUAUUCAGGUUUUGUUAUAUAGAUGUACAUAGAUAUAAGUUUAAAUUGUUCCUUGACCUACCUAAAACAAGACCUAGUUUAACAGUUGGGUCAAGCAGUAUUAUUGGCUAUUAAAAUGGACACUAGUUCAAAGUCAACCUGGAUUGAUUUCCAAAAUAUCGAAUAAAGUU